AGUAGCCUAAUGUAUUAAAAUGUAGUGGGCGCGAGCUCGCAGUGUGUGUCACGCGCAGAGUGCUGCUCGCCUCGGGCUGUGGGACUUUAGAGAGCAACUGAGCGCUGCCUCUUCAGCGGAUAUAAAAGAAAACAGUCUGCUGCAAGGUCGCGACUGACUAGCCGACUAACUUCAGUCUGAUUUACAGACAAAAGACAAAGUCAGAAAAAUUAAAUGUGUGAAUAAAAAGACAACAGUUAACGUUAGUUGAACAGCUGACGGGACCGACCCACCACGCUGGCAACCCGCCGCUUAACACCGGACCGUUAAUUCAUCCGAACCGCUGGAUUACACUGAACCAGAACCAGAGAAGAUCUUUUACACAACCUCAAAAGUGUUUUUUCUUUAAGUAAGAAGUUUAUUUUACACCUUGUGCAAGAUGUUCAGCUGGGCGAACAAGGACGGGAAGAAAAAGGACCCCGAACUGUUUCAGACGGUUUCUGACGGGCUGAAGCGACUCUACCGGACCAAACUCUUUCCUCUGGAAGACACCUACCGCUUCCACGACUUCCACUCUCCGGCUCUGGAAGAUGCUGAUUUCGAUAACAAGCCCAUGGUACUUUUAGUGGGCCAGUACUCCACGGGGAAAACCACUUUUAUUCGGCAUCUGAUGGAGCAGGAUUUCCCCGGGAUGCGCAUAGGCCCCGAACCCACCACCGAUUCAUUCAUAGCGGUGAUGUACGGCGAUCAGGAGGGUCUCAUCCCGGGCAAUGCUUUAGUGGUUGACCCCAAGAAACCCUUCAGAAAACUCAACGCCUUUGGAAACGCUUUUCUAAACAGGUUUAUAUGUGCUCAGAUGCCAAAUCCAGUGUUGGACAGCAUCAGUAUCAUAGACACUCCUGGAAUCCUGUCCGGAGAGAAACAGCGGAUCAGCAGAGGUUAUGACUUUGCUGCAGUGCUCGAAUGGUUUGCUGAACGUGUGGACCGCAUUAUUCUUCUCUUUGACGCACACAAGUUGGACAUCUCAGAUGAGUUCUCAGAGGUGAUCCGAGCUCUGAAAAAUCAUGAGGACAAGAUGCGGGUGGUGCUCAACAAAGCUGAUCAGAUCGGGACCCAGCAGCUCAUGCGGGUGUAUGGUGCCCUCAUGUGGUCGCUCGGUAAAAUCGUCAACACCCCAGAGGUCAUCCGAGUCUACAUUGGCUCUUUCUGGGCUCAGCCUCUCCUGGUUCCAGAUAACAGGAAACUGUUUGAGGCAGAGGAACAAGACCUUUUCCGUGACAUCCAGGGACUUCCACGAAAUGCAGCGCUGCGCAAGCUGAACGACCUUAUCAAACGGGCCCGUCUAGCCAAAGUUCAUGCCUACAUCAUCAGUGCUUUGAAGAAAGAAAUGCCAAAUGUUUUUGGGAAAGAGAAUAAGAAAAAGGAGCUCAUUGCUAACCUGGGUGACAUUUAUACAAGGAUUGAAAAAGAAUAUCAGAUCUCUCCUGGUGAUUUCCCUAAACUCAGUAAAAUGCAGGAAGUCCUCGCUGGUCAAGACUUCACUAAGUUUCAGGGACUGAAGCCCAAGCUGCUGGAAGCAGUGGAGGAUAUGCUGGCCAAUGAUAUCGCCAAACUCAUGACCCUUGUUCGGCAGGAGGAGGCUGCCAUGCCCAGCCAGGUUGUCCAGGGUGGUGCCUUUGACGGCACCAUGAAUGGACCCUUUGGGCAUGGCUAUGGAGAGGGUGCUAGUGAAGGCAUUGAUGAGCUGGAGUGGAUAGUGGCGAAAGACAAGCCAACUUACGACGAGAUCUUCUACACCCUGUCACCUGUCAACGGGAAGGUUUCUGGUGCCAUGGCCAAGAAGGAGAUGGUCAAAUCCAAGCUGCCUAACAAUGUUCUAGGAAAGAUCUGGAAGCUUGCUGAUGUGGAUAAGGAUGGGUACCUGGACGACGAGGAGUUUGCCCUAGCUAACCACCUCAUCAAGGUUAAACUGGAAGGUCACGAGUUACCUGCUGAUCUUCCUGAUCACCUUGUGCCUCCUUCUAAACGAGGACUGUAAACAAUUUGGGAAAAUAAAUAUUAUCAUUGAGCCAAUCUGUGUAGAGGUUAUGAAUGGAUGCGGGGAGGGUCUGGAAACAUAAAAAUAUAUAAACAGAAUUUAUGAUAUAAUUAAACAAUAUGCAUUAGCUACGGGAAUAGAGCCAAAUAGCUUUUAAUUUAUCCAUCACUACAGUUUGUCAUUCUCACUAUUAUGUCCUUUGUUGUUAGAGCGGUAGUUAGCAACCUAAUCAAAACUUCAAAUAUUGAUCAAUUAGACAGCAUCCUGUUAUUGUAUUUUUCAAAUUCUUGAUGUAGCCAAAUUCUGUUUAAGCAAGUACGAUUGUAUGCUGGCAGAGAGAUGAGUUCAUUAUGACCAAACUAUAGGCUGUGUUAGAAAGAAGUAUUUAAUUGUUCCAUAUCGUACACUGAUGCUGCUUCAUACUUAGUCAUGCAGGGAGAAAUAGUUCUGCUUGAUUUUUAAACUACUUCAGCUUUGCUGAUGGGUCCAUAUUAUCUGGAUCCUGGAAACACCAGAGCUUUAAUACUUUACAUUUACCAUUUAGACUUGUCAAUUUGACCUUCUUUUUUUAUCACUAUAAAUACAAAACAGUGCUGCAUUCUUUUGUUUGUUCACUGAUGUUGUGUUGUCAACUGUGAUGGUUCAAAAGUUUUUCUAACUGUUCAAAAGGAAGUGUCUAUGACAAGACAGAUACUCCAGUUGUAUGAUCUGUGUCAGUUGUAGCAUCACUCUUAUUGGUUUCUGACUGUUAUCGAGUGCCUCGCCCUGCUACAAUGUCAAAAGCUUUUCUAUAAGCUUCUCUAUGAAUACUGUUCAUAUGUAUAUUUUUUUUGGUCUAGUUUGCAGUAAAAAAAAAAAAAAAACUA